UGGCCCGGGGCGCCCACCACCCUGGCCGACAUCCAGCAGCCGCUGUUGCGGGCGGCGCCUUCAGGGCGGCCGCUGCCACAGCCGCUGCCACUGCCGCUGCCGCCGUUCGUGGAGCCCAGCAUGGCCUACAUCGACGACGACCUGCUGUGGUGUCCCCCCGACGGGGAUGACGCCGGCGGCAUCGCCGAUCUCGAACAGUGCCUGGAGGCAGCGACAGUGAGUCAGACCAAGGCCAGUACAAACACCCAACUACAAGGACCAAACGGACAAACCGGACAAACUGUACAAAAUGGAACAAAUGGAACGAAUGGACCAAACGGACCGAACGGGUCAACUGCAGACCAAACAAGACAAAAUGUUACCGUUCAGCAGCAGCAGACCGGGCAAGUGCAGCCCCAACCGCAGAGUAGUCCAGCACAAGCAGGACCGCAGGGCGUUCCCCAAGGACCUCCACAGGGCGUUCCACAGGGCGUUCCACAGGGCGUUCCACAGGGCGUUCCACAGGGAGUCCCGCAGGGCGUUCCAAGCGCCCCACCUAGGACACCCCCAGGUUCUUUAGGCCUGGGGGAGCUAACGCAGUCAGACCUGUCAGGCCUAGUAGAAGACGGCACCGAAGACGACCCGGAGGACCUUUUUCAAGAACUAGGCGACUCCCACUUCGAGCUUGACAACUUCUUAAUGGCCGAAUUUGAGGAAAAAGUGCGGCAGGCUGCGCAACCCAAUUUCAAGGAGGAGAACAACAACGAAGUAGUAGCUGGUAGCGGAAGUCAAGAAAGAAGUAGCAGAAGUAACACUAGCGGUAGUAGCGGAAAUGCUAGUUCGGGCAGCAGAGGAACUAGCAACACCAGCAGCAGCAGUAGCAGCACCACAAACACCUCCAGUAGUAAUGACCCCAACAUGGCGGCCCUCCUCCACGAGAUGAGGACCAACAGAUCCAAGUUCAACAUAGCGGCUGCCAACCCCUUACUAGCAGAAAAAUUGUCAUCACCAGCUAGCUGCGCUGUGAGCAGUAGUGCGUCGUGUACCGAUGGAUUUACCGACGGCCCCCGCCUGGACAUCAAGAUGGAGUGCACGGGGCUGGAGAUGGACGACUGCCAAGUUGCCGUGGACACGACGGAGCACCGCAUGCUCAUGGGGAUGAGCCUGCUGCCGCCGAUGGCGUCGCCGUCGCCGCCGCCCGUGGUGAAGCGGGAGCCCGCGGAGGCGGUGACGACCCUGGGCAGCCUGGGGGCCGCGCUGCCGCACCCCGCGCACCUGCCCCCGCACCACCCCCACCACCCGCCGCACGCGCACCGAGUGCCGCCCUACACCACCAACGGUUCCCUACCCCCCAGCCCCGCCGACUCCGGCGUGUCUGACGUGGACUCGAGCAGUUCGGGCCACACCUCCAACGACGAGCUCCGAGCGAGGCUACACCCCAGCGGAGUGCCGUCGCGGAGAACGCCCGACUCGUCGGGGCAGCUGCAGCUGCAGCCCAGCCAGCUGCAGACGCCGCAGCACACGUACUCGCCGCACCAGCUGCACCACCAGCAGGCCUACAGCCCGUACUACGGCAGCAGCAGCGGCAGCAGCCCCCUGCAGCAGGCCCUGCAGCACCCCCACAUGCAGCACAUGCAGCAGCAGCAGCAGCAACAGCAGCAGCAACUCCAGCAGCAGCAGCUGCAGCAGUUAGCGCGGACGCAGCAGCUGCAGCAGCAGCAGCAACAGCAGCAGCAGUACCCGCCCCGGACGAGCCUGGGUGACUACGGAUACCUGGGCAGCCUCCACCACUCCGGACACGCGUCGCCCUACAGCAUGGGGUCGCAGUACGGCGUGGGCGGCGCCCUGGGCGUCGGGGUGGGCGUGGGCGGGCCGCUGUCACCCGGCGGAAGCCUGGGCGCCUACGUGCAGCCCGCCACCUCGACCGACGACCUGUACCUGCUGGAGCUGGGCUUCCCUCCCAGGCCGCCCAAGACAAACAAGAAGAUAAAGAGGCUCAAGAGCGGCGACCCUGCGGGCCAGGCGAAGCGGAAGAGUCGCGAAGGAUCCACUACGUACCUGUGGGAGUUCCUCCUCAAGUUACUCCAAGAUAGAGAGUUCUGUCCGCGCUACAUCAAGUGGACGAACCGCGAGAAGGGGGUGUUCAAGUUGGUGGACUCCAAGGCGGUCUCCAGGCUGUGGGGCCUGCACAAGAACAAGCCUGACAUGAACUACGAGACCAUGGGACGCGCCUUAAGGUACUACUACCAGCGCGGCAUCCUAGCCAAGGUGGACGGGCAGCGGCUGGUGUACCAGUUCGUGGACGUCCCCAAAGACAUCGUGGAGAUCGACUGCAGCAGCGCGUGAGGUGCUCCGACGACCAAGGCGCGGAUCAUGGCGAGGGGUGCGAAGGCCCCGGGCUCGGCCCCGGGCCCCACGACGCCCCCCGCCACGCCCCGCGCCGCGUCGGCGCCACCCCGCGAGCCACAGCAGGCCGUCUCCUCCCUGGUCACCUCAGUACAACUCAACCACUGCCACCUGCGGCGCCUGCAGCUGCGCCUGCUGCGCUCGGCUCCCUGCAGACUGACAUGUACUCGGCCUACACUGUGCAGUGCGCACUCGGUGUACCGUCAAGUAGUGCAGCUCGGAGCGCGGCCAGCGCAGGGCAGGGCUUUCGCUGCUUUGGCUAAGUCUCAAAGUCUUUAGCUGGAGCGGCAACACAAAGAGCAGCAGACGCCCGCGCGCGGCGACCGGGCGACCCAGCCCAGGCUUUGGGCCCUAGGCCUAGGCCCAGCGCAGGGCGGCGGGGCCGCGGGGAGCAGCCAAAGGGUUGCGCCCCCUGGGCCCCUGCCUAGGCCCAGCGUGGCUUCGCGCGGGAUGUGGCUGCAAGUCAGAGAAGAACUGAUGCAGUCUCAAGAGAGGGAUUUUCGUUUAUUUAGUUUUUUUGGCAUCGUCUCCACGUCAGCAAGGAAACCAACGACCUCUCGUCAAUUUUGUCGUGACUUGAUCUCAGGAAAUCAUAAUUAAUGUGUAGUAAGCUCUCGUGUUUGCUUUCUCAAAUUUUUAUUCGUUGUUUUUUCUGUUUUUUUUUUUAUUUUUCUUGUAAAUUUUUCUGUACAUUUGUUUUGUUCUCCCAUUUGUUUUUCAUUUACGUACAUUGAUGAGAGUUUUCAGAAUUUAUUUUUAUAAUGCAUUGGUCUGACCCUUCCAAAAGGAAAUGAAAACUUUGGAAAAACUGUGAAACAGUUAUCAGUUACAACGGGACAGAAAUGUAAAAUUUCAGAAUGUUAUUUUGUUGGAAGUAAACAUUAUAUUUUCGUCAAUGUUUCGUGGUCCAAUUUAGUUGUUGGAAGACGGGAGCCCAAAUGCAUGACCUGGAAGUAUGUAAAUUAUUGUAUUAAGUAAUUUAUUAUCAGAGAUGUAUGUAGAUUUUAACUGUGGAGUCAAAAAAUUCUACUCCGAAAAAAAAAUGAAAUUUGAAUCCAAAGAUAAAUUGAUGUAUUUAAAUAGAAAAUUUUAUUAUAAAACUAUUGAGAAAUAAAUUUGAAGAAAAUUGUAGAAUGGGUUUCUCUCUAGAGUUGAUGUUACAAGCUCGUGCUUUCUUUUUGAGUUGAGGUGUUGUGUUGAUUAAAAAAAUGUGAGAGAUUUCUUGAACUGCACUGUACUUAAAAGUCAAGUACUUGGUACUUGGCAUGUUGAUUGGAUAAAGUUACCCUUGAUAGCAUAAUUUUAAGUGAUUGUUAGAGAAUGAAUGUUGGAGAACGGAAGCAUCGAGUGAAAGUGUGUGAGCAUGUGUGAGUAAGAUAGAAAAGAGAGAGAAGACUCAUGUAUAGACUGUUGACAGAUAGAUGGGCGUGUGUAUGUGUGAUAUAAAUGUAUAGGUAAAUAUAUAUAUGUAGAGAUAUAUAUAUAUGUACUUGUGCGAUGUGUACCUUGGCUGUUAGGUUUUCAAUACUAUUGAGUGUUCUAUGCUAACAAAAGGCAGUACAAAUACCAAUAUUUCAUUAAUAUAAUUACUCAUUUUCAUCAAACUUUAAUCAAUAGUGUUUUGAUUUCCCUUUUUUUACUUUUGUCAUUUUUUAAGCAGAGUGGAAAUUUUGCAAUUCUUAAAUAUUAUUCUAAUGUUGAACAUGUAGAUGUUUGAUUGAUGUGCAUGAUUUAGAUGUGAUGUGACUGCUCAGGCAUACUCACUCACUAGCUGUUUUUGUCCAGUGUUACUUGUUCCCUGCUGUAUAAUAUAUUCAAUUUGAUGUAAAGUGUUACUGCCACAUUUUUCACACUUCUAUUCUAUGGGUUGUGACAGGAUUUUUCUCUUGUAGUCUGCUGUACCAUUCUCCUUCUAAAUUUCCUUGGAUCUGGUGUGUGUUGCAAUAAGCUGACACCAAGUGCGCCUGUAGCGUAGGAGGAGCAUAAUUAUAUCUUGUAAGAUAUUUUAAAGCACCUUCAUUGUUUGAUCGCUAGGUAGGUUUCUGUGUAGUUUGUACAAAUCACUAAACCAGUUGUAACUUUCUGUGAUGAUAUCGGUUGACGGACUGCCAGAUGUGCAUUAGUGAGAAAGAUGAGGUGAGGUUCGUGCCGGGCUCAACUAUUUUCCGUUUGUUUUUUUUUUUUUCCUGUAAAAUUUCAUUUUAUGUUAAGAAAGCCUUGGCCUUGAUUCAAGUAACGCACUUACAUCACACUAUUUUGUACUAUUAUUUGAAGACCUCAGAUGUAUUUUUUAGGAUUGCCAGUCAUGUCCAACAGCUUUCGUCCAUGUCAAGAGCAAAGUGAUAAAUUUUAUUAUUUUGGAUAAAGUAAUUAUUUUCAAAUCAUGAAGUAUGCAAAAUAUUUUGGAGACAAAAACUAACUUUAAGUGUUAAACCUCAUUUGUUUGGGAUGCGGCAGGUUUUGAUUCUACUUAGUGCGAGUCUUGCCCAGUGGGCAGAGUGAACCAAGGUUUGUAAGAGCAUCGAGAUUAGUAGAGUAUGGGCAAUGAAAGAUGGUGAUAUUUUCUUACCCAAUGUUGUGAAAAAUGUACAUAAAUUAGCAUGCAUUUAGAAGUGAAAGGGGGGAAAAUAAUGCCUGUUUCUUGUAAAAAUAAAUAUGUAAAACAUGUUCUAUAAUGUAUGUUAUACUCAAAA